AUGUCUGACGGUGAGUUUGCGCCCUUUCCCUCGCGAAGCCCGCAUCGAAUACUGACAGAUCUUCCGACAGCCGAGUUCGCGACCAUCAAGCGCCUCCAGCAAGAGCGCAACGCGGCAGCAGCAGGGAAGAAAGGUUCAAAAACCUUCGACCCGGCUAGCCAGCGCACUGACAACUCCACGAAGGCAUCCCUGACUGAAACUUUCGAUACGGAUCUCUACGAGCGCACAGGCGUCGACAAGUAUGCCGGAUACAAUACUUCCAUCGCUAUCAACGAUGACGAUGAUGAUAUGGCUGAUGGGGAUGGGGAUGACGGACGGCGCUUGGUCGGACAGUAUACUGCUACGAAGGAACAGAUGAAUGAGUUCGCAACGGGUGGUGCGGAAGAGGAGGAUAUCCUCAUGAGCCGCGAGAAACAGGCGCAGAUCGCCUCACGAGAGACCGACUAUCAAAAACGGCGCCAUGAUCGAGGACCUCUCACGCCCACACGAGCAGAUCCCUUUGCCGCAAACCGGCAGGCUGGAGCGCAGGACGAGGGCCAGAGCUACCGCGAGGUUAUGGCAACCCGCGAACUUGAGAGGGAGGAAGAGCGUGUUAGGCGUAUCGUCGCAGAGAAGCAGGCCAGGGGCGAAAACGGCGUCGUGGAACACCAAGCCACAUUGAAGGAUGCUAGCGAUAAGGAGAACAAAGAUGCCGGCUCUACGGUCGUCGCCAUAGGAAGGAAGCGGAAACAGCGGUGGGACGUGGCAUCAGAGGCGCCGUCGGAUGACGGUAUCAAAACUGAAGAAACGAAGACGAAGCGUUCCCGAUGGGAUCAAACUCCAGUCCCGGGUGCUGAGGAUGGGCCAAAGCGUCGAUCAAGAUGGGACCAAGCACCUACCUUGGGAGGGGCUACGCCAGUAGGCAAUCAAGGACUUGCCACUCCCAUGCAUCCAUCUCAAGCUGGGACGAUGACGUUUGGUACUGACAUUUCUGCUCGUAACGUGCCGCUGUCUGAUGAGGAGCUGGACUUGAUGCUACCUUCAGAAGGAUACAAAAUCCUGGACCCGCCUCCUGGUUACGAACCAAUCCGUGCCGCAGCCCGGAAGCUGAUGGCUACUCCGGCACCUGUAGCUAGCGCUUCCGGUUAUGGGGGUUUCAUGAUGCAGGAACCGGAGAACGCUCGCGCCCUUGGCAAGCAGCUACCUACCGAAAUUCCUGGCGUCGGAGAUCUUCAAUUCUUCAAGGCGGAAGAUAUGGCAUACUUUGGCAAGCUGGUAGACGGCGCAGAUGAGAAUCAGAUGAGCGUUGAAGAGCUGAAGGAACGCAAGAUCAUGCGGUUGCUGCUCAAGGUCAAGAAUGGAACACCACCGAUGCGUAAGACUGCGCUUCGACAGCUUACUGAUAAUGCGCGACAAUUUGGAGCAGGUCCGCUCUUCAACCAGAUCUUACCUUUGCUCAUGGAAAAGACUCUAGAAGACCAGGAACGCCAUCUGCUCGUCAAGGUCAUUGACCGCGUCCUCUAUAAGUUGGAUGACCUCGUCCGACCCUACGUACACAAGAUCCUCGUCGUCAUCGAGCCACUCCUCAUCGAUCAAGACUACUACGCCCGUGUUGAGGGUCGCGAAAUCAUCUCCAACCUGAGCAAAGCUGCGGGUCUUGCUCACAUGAUCAGUACCAUGCGUCCUGAUAUCGAUCACGUCGAUGAAUAUGUCCGAAACACUACCGCCAGAGCUUUCGCUGUCGUCGCCUCAGCCCUUGGUAUCCCUGCCCUUCUACCCUUUCUGCGCGCCGUGUGCCGCAGCAAGAAGUCAUGGCAGGCUCGCCAUACCGGCGUCAAGAUCGUCCAGCAGAUCCCCAUUCUUAUGGGCUGUGCGAUUCUGCCGCAUCUGAAAGGCCUCGUCGAUUGCAUAGGUGACAACCUCAACGACGAACAGGCGAAGGUGCGGACCGUUACAUCACUGGCUAUUGCAGCUCUCGCAGAAGCUGCGAACCCUUAUGGAAUCGAAAGCUUUGAUGACAUCUUAAAUCCUCUGUGGACAGGCGCACGAAAGCAGCGUGGUAAAGGGCUUGCAGGCUUCCUCAAGGCCGUUGGCUACAUCAUUCCGCUCAUGGACGAGGAAUACGCCAACUACUACACCAGUCAAAUCAUGGAGAUCCUGCUAAGAGAGUUCUCGUCACCUGACGAGGAGAUGAAGAAGGUCGUGCUGAAGGUCGUCUCUCAGUGCGCCAGCACCGAUGGUGUGACCGCCGGCUACCUCAAGGAGCACGUACUCACCGAGUUCUUCAAGAGCUUCUGGGUCCGCCGCAUGGCCCUGGACAAACGCAACUACCGCCAGGUCGUGGAAACGACCGUUGACCUCGGCCAGAAGGUGGGCGUUGGUGAGAUUGUCGAGAGAAUUGUCAACAACCUUAAAGACGAAAGCGAAGCGUACCGCAAAAUGACCGUUGAGACCGUUGAGAAGGUCAUAGCUAGUUUGGGUGCUGCAGACAUCAGUGAGCGGCUUGAAGAGCGCCUUGUCGAUGGUAUUCUGCACGCCUUCCAGGAGCAGAGCGUUGAGGAUGUCGUUCUACUCAAUGGCUUCGGCACUGUCGUCAAUGCACUGGGCACCCGAUGCAAGCCAUACCUACCACAGAUUGUCAGUACCAUUCUUUGGCGGCUGAACAACAAGUCCGCCACUGUCCGUCAACAGGCCGCUGAUCUUGUCUCGCGCAUUGCUAUGGUUAUGAAGCAAUGCGGAGAAGACGUCUUGAUGGCCAAGCUAGGCACUGUUCUGUACGAAUACCUGGGCGAAGAGUACCCAGAGGUCCUAGGUUCUAUUCUCGGUGCGCUCCGAUCCAUCGUCACUGUCGUCGGCAUCAACCAGAUGCAACCACCCAUCAAGGAUCUCCUACCACGUCUGACCCCUAUCCUCCGCAACCGGCACGAAAAAGUGCAAGAAAACACCAUCGACCUCGUCGGCCGCAUCGCCGACCGCGGCCCGGAGAGCGUUAACGCCCGCGAAUGGAUGCGCAUCUGCUUCGAGCUGCUCGAUAUGCUCAAGGCGCACAAGAAGGGCAUCCGGCGAGCGGCAAACAACACUUUCGGCUUCAUCGCUAAAGCUAUCGGCCCACAGGACGUGCUGGCCACGCUACUAAACAACUUGCGAGUACAGGAGCGACAGUCCCGUGUCUGCACCGCCGUCGCCAUUGGCAUCGUUGCUGAGACUUGCGCUCCCUUCACCGUCCUUCCCGCCCUGAUGAAUGAGUAUCGCGUCCCGGAGCUGAACGUCCAGAACGGCGUCCUCAAGAGCUUGUCCUUCCUCUUCGAGUACAUCGGCGAGAUGGCAAAGGACUACGUCUAUGCGGUGACGCCUCUCCUCGAGGAUGCGCUCAUCGACCGGGACCAGGUCCAUCGCCAGACCGCCGCCUCAGUCGUCAAGCACGUCGCGCUCGGUGUUGUAGGUUUGGGUUGCGAGGACGCGAUGCUGCAUCUGCUGAACCUGCUGUACCCGAAUCUCUUCGAGACUAGCCCCCAUGUCAUCGACAGGAUCGUCGAGGCGAUUGAUGCAAUCAGGAUGGCUGUUGGCACGGGCACGGUCAUGAACUAUGUCUGGGCUGGCCUGUUUCACCCGGCGAGGAAGGUGCGGCAGCCGUACUGGCGGUUAUAUAACGAUGCGUAUGUUCAGAGUGCAGACGCCAUGGUGCCGUAUUAUCCGAACUUGGAGGAAGACGGGCUGGCCAGGCCGGAGCUGGACAUCAUCAUUUGA